CAAAAACUAAUACGUGGGGAGGUGAGUUGGCGGAAAAAAAAAAUCACGUUUUUGAGUGAGAUUGUUUGAGAAACAAGUUGACUCAUUUAGCUGUUUAUUUGUUUGAUUUAAAAGCCAUUUUUCUUAAAAAUUGCAAACAGUAAGUAUGUUGUCUGGCCAGAGGCUAACUAUACGGCUUGCCAUCGAACCAACGUUAGCUAGCUAACACGGUGGCCAGUUAACGUUAGUUACCUUGUUUACCAAACAACAAGGACUGAAUCCCGAGGCUUCUGUUAUUUUGCAUUUGAAACUUUUUCGAACUGUUGAUAACAUAACAUCAAGUUAAUCACUACCAUGAGUUUGACGAUGGAGACCAGUGUCUCUUUCCUCAAAUAUGAACUUGCAUCGACCAUCGAACAGGCAGUGAGGUGUGCAGUAGAAGCCGUUUUGAAGGAAACUGCUAGAGUAGUCGGUAUCAAACUGGCCGCAGCUCGGACUGCUGCUGCUGAGUCUCAUCGUGAGAACCAAAGUUUGAGAGAGAGACUUGACGUAUCUGAGGGUGAACUCAAAGCAACACGGUACUACAUGACAGCAGCCGAGAACAACAUCAAACAGUGUUUACUCCUUAAUCACAACCAGCCUAGAUCAGGUGCUUUAGGACCUGGUUCGGAAGAGUCUCCUUUUCUCUUUCCCCCCACUGCUUCGGGGAGUCCUUCCAAUAUGCUCACGACCCGUGGCCCCAAGUCGUUUCGAGCCUCAUCCACACGAUCACAGUUUUCUAAGUCACUCCCCAGUGUAGGGCUUUGCUUACCAACAGUGCAGCAUGAAUGGCCCAGGAGCAGUGAAAACUUGAGAAGAAUACGGACAUCCUCCACUGUCUCUUCUACCAAUCCCUCACAAACAUCCAAAGUGCCACAAUUAGAGGUUGGAAACUCAUCUCAUCACACUGAGGAGGAUACAGAGGGUCAAUUCUACAUUACAGACGAUGGGGUUGCAGAGAAAGAGUACAAAGUCCGUGCAACUGGAGGAGAGGACUCUGGAAUAAUUCAACAGGAGCAGGAGGGAGGAACAGUGGCAGCAGAGGACCCUCACAGAACUUCUAUUACCAACUUUGAGUUGGAGAUGGGCCAGAGUCACCCAGCAGGCAAUGUGAAUGACCUGGGCCUGAUCCAGGUGCUCGAUGAGGUGGAUGAAGUUAAAAGAACAGUUAAAAUUGAAAACGACCCUGAGGUCCCAAGUAUGCUGGAGUCCCACCUCCCUGGGUCAUCACAACUGCCACAGAUGCCAGCUCACAUUGAUAAUGAUGGUGACAAUGAUGGUAACUUCAUGGGGUCUGUCCCACCCUCUGCAGGGGACGCUGGUCUUCUAGGGGCUUUUGAAGUCCGAAGGGAGAGCUCGGAUAAGGUGCAUCGUUGCAAUGUGUGUGGCCGGGGAUUCCGCCGCUUCUACUGCCUGAAGACACACCAGCGCAUUCACACGGGUGAGCGGCCAUAUCCCUGCAGGUAUUGCGAGAAGCGUUUCCGACACCUGGACAGUCUGCAUAAGCACCAGCGCAUCCACACUGGGGAGAGGCCCUACCGCUGUGCCCAGUGUGGCUGCUGUUUCAGGGAGCUAGGCCAGCUCAAGAAGCACAGGCUGACUCACUCACCUGCUCCCACCACACCCCACCCGGUAGUGGCACUGUCUCUACUCCAAGCAGGGCCCUCCUAUACAUGGCCACACCUCCACUCACAGUCCCUGGAUUCCUAAUCAGGAUGGAUUUGGUACACACAUUCAUAUAAACAUAUUUUGUAAACAUGAUAUGAUGGUACUAAUUUUGUGUGUUAAGUUCACCCUAAUCAUCACGGUCCUAGAGGUGUUACUACAGACCCGGGUUCAUUCCCGGGCUGUGCCACAACCGGCUUUGGCCGGGAGUCCCAUAGGAUGGCGCACAAUUGGCCCAGCGUCGUCAUCGCACUCUAGCGGUUCCGAAAUUUUGGGAGAAAGGAGGGUAAAAAACAAGUAAAGAAUAAUCUAUUUCUAUUACUGCUUGUUCACAAUGUUCUUAAUUGGCAUAAAAGGGUGUUCAUUAUGCAGUCACAGAUGUGAGCAGGUCUGCAGAUUCUGCCUGGAAAGGUUUAUACAACAGUUUGACAUCGAGGGUUGAUUUUCGUUAACUACACACCUGGUAAAAUGGAAAUACAGAACACUUUGGCUGAGUUGAUAGCACAAUACAGAAAUUAAUAGUGUAUUUUAGUUGGUAUUACAUGCAGAUCUUUAUCAACAGUUUAACACUAUAAUUAUAAAGCCAAAACUGAAGGGAAAAUAUGUAUUUAAAGUGAUGCUUCUGUUGUAUAUUGUUUUCAUUAGCCUGUUCAUUUUGAACAGCAAUGAAUUUAUGUUGUACGUUUUUGAUUUACCUAAAAAAGUCACAUUUUCAGAGUGGUAUUGGAUUAUUUUGUUUAAUAUUGUUACAGUAAAAUAUGACUUCAUAAACAGUACCCAAGACACCAAGUUUAUUCAUGAUAAAAUAUAGUUAUUACAAUAUGUUCUACACGUCAUAAAACGCAGAUAACUAUACUACCCGUCCUUGCUGUCUGGCAUUGCUCAUCUAGGGCCCUGUGUUUUGUACAAUCAUGUAACAGCAAGAUUUUUCUCCAUUGUAGAAUAAUAGUGAAGACAUCAACUAUGAAAUAACACAUGGAAUCAUGUAGUAACCAAAAAAGUGUUCCACAAAUAAAAAUAUAUUUUAGAUUAAAGAUUAUUCAAAGUAGCCACCCUUUGCCUUGAUGACAGCUUUGCACAUGCUUGGCAUUCUCUCAACCAGCUUCAUGAGGUAGUCACCUGGAAUGCAUUUCAAUUAACAGGUGUGCCUUAAGUUAAUUUGUGGAAUUUCUUUCCCUUAUGCAUUUGAGCCAAUCAGUUGUGUUGUGACAAGGUAGGGUUGGUAUACAGAAGAUAGCCCUAUUUGGUUAAAGACCAAGUUCCGUACCAUGGCAAGAACUGCUCAAAUAAACAAAGAGAAACGACAGUCCAUCAUUACUUUAAGACAAAGUCAGGUAGCCUAGUGGUUAGAGAGUUGGGCCAGUAACUGGAAGGUUGGAUCGAAUCCCCAAGCUGACAAGGUAAAAAUCUGUUGUUCUGCCCCUGAACAAGGCAGUUAACCCACUGUUCCGAGGCCAUCAUUGUAAAUAAGAAUUUGUUCUUAACUGACUUGCCUAGUUAAAUAAAAAAACUAAUAGUCAAUCCUGAAACUUUGACAGUUUCUUCAAGUGAAGUUGCAAAAACCAAGUACUAUGAUGAAACUAGCUCUCCAUGAGGACUGCCACAGGAAAGGAAGACCCAGAGUUACCUCAGCUGCAGAGGAUAAGUUUAUUAGAAAUAACCGCACCUCAGAUUGCAGCCCAAAUAAAUGCUUCACAGAGUUCAAGUAACAGACACGUUCAGAGGAGACUGAAUCAGGCCUAAAAUAUAUUUUGAUUUGUUUAACACUUCAUUGGUUACUACAUGAUUCCAUAUGUGUUAUUUCAUAGUGUUGAUGUCUUCACUAUCAUUCAACAAAGUAGAAAAUUGUAAAAAAAAAAAUAAAGAAAAACUCUUGAAUGAGUAGGUGUGUCCAAA